AGGACCAGAGGACACAGAUCGACUUGCACCCUCGGAUUCCAACCUUUCCCCUGUCAACCAUACCUCAAUCAGCACUGCACUGUGUCCUGUGUUUAGGUUUAUGCCCGAGGUCCAGCAGCACCCUCUCGGUGUUUAAUUUGUGUCAAGAUGGCUGCCACCGCGGGGACGAUGUUUCAGUGCUGGAAACGUUUUGAUUUACAACAACUACAGAGGGAGCUGGACACUACAGCCACAGAGCUGGCCAACAGACAAGAUGAGAGUGACCAGUCACGAAAGAAACUCAUCGAACAGAGCCGAGACUUCAAGAAGAAUACACCAGAGGAAUUACGGAAGCAGGUGGCUCCCCUGCUCAAAAGCUUCCAGGGCGAGAUUGAUGCUUUGAGUAAGCGCAGUAAGGAAGCAGAGGCCGCCUUCUUAAACGUCUACAAGAGACUAAUCGAUGUGCCAGACCCGGUGCCUGUGCUGGAAGUAUCCCAACAGCUCCACGUGAAGGUUCAGCGACUUCAUGACAUCGAGACAGAGAAUCAGAAGCUACGAGAGACGCUGGAGGAAUACAACAAGGAGUUUGCAGAUGUCAAGAACCAGGAGGUGACAGUGAAGGCUCUGAGAGAGAAGGUUCGUGAGUAUGAGCAGAAUCUGAAGAGUCAAGCAGAGACACUGGCCCAUCACACACACCUGCAGUUGAGCAGCGACUACGCUGAGAAGGAGAGGAAGCUUCAGGAGAGUCAUACGAGUCUGACCUCUAAGCUGGAGGAUGCGGAGCACAAGGCCCAGUCACUACAGACAGUGUUGGAAGCUACUCAGGCUGAACUUUUCGACCUGAAGGCCAAAUAUGAUGAAGAGUCUACUGCAAGGAGCGAUGAGGUAGACAUGGUGAUGACAGAUCUGGAACGAGCCAAUCAGAGAGCGGAGACAGCUGAGAGGGAGGCUGAAUCUCUCAGGGAGCAGCUCAACUCAACACACACACAGCUCACACACACCGAGCCGAGAGCUCCGGACACGGGUUUGGAGGCAGAGCUGAGUUCUCGUGACCGUGAGAACGGCGCGCUAUUGGAGGACGUGCGGCGGCUGCAGGCGGCCCUCAACAGACUGACACACAGCUCAACCAAUCAGAUCGCACAGCUGCAGGAGCAACUCAGCAGCCAGACCAGCACAGCCCAGGAAUUGGAAGAGAAAUUUCAGAAGCAGGCUGAUUACGACGAAAUGAAAAAAGAGCUCAGCAUUCUGAAGUCUAUGGAGUUCGGCCCAACCGAUGGCUCCAUGCAGGACACAUCAAAGCCCCUGGAAGUUUUGCUGCUGGAGAAGAAUCGAAGUCUGCAGUCUGAGACGGCCUCACUGCGCAUCGCACACAACGAGCUUAGCGUGCGCUACAGUGACCUGCAAGGGGAGUUUUCCUCUGCGGUGCGGACGAGUGCAGAGCAGAAGCAGCUGAUCCUCAAGCUGGAGACGGACCUCAGCACUCUACACACACUCCACACACACACCCCACGGCCCGACGCAGAGGGGGCAGAACUGAGCAAUAUGGAUAUCCCAGAGCCCAUCAAGGAAGCGACCGCGCUGUUCAGUGGUUCUCCUCAGGACGAUCAGAUGGAUUCUCUGUUGUCCAUCAUCUCCAGCCAGAGAGAGAGAUUCAGAUCACGCAACCAGGAGCUGGAGGCAGAGAGCCGCACUAUGCAGCAGACGCUGGUGGCUCUGCAGACAGAGCUGGACAGCCUGAGAGCAGACAACAUCAAACUCUACGAGAAGAUCAAGUUCCUACAGAGCUACGCAGGCCGAGCUGGCAGUAGUGAUGACACAGUGAUGCGUUACUCAUCUCAGUAUGAAGAGAGACUCGACCCCUUCUCCUCAUUCAGCAAAAGGGAGCGUCAGCGUAGAUAUCUCAACCUCAGUCCCUGGGAUAAAGCCACCCUUAGCCUGGGUCGUGGGAUCUUGUCCAGUAAGACGGCACGUACCAUUGCCUUCUUCUACACACUCUUCCUCCAUCUCCUCGUCUUCCUGGUUCUCUACAAGACGGCGUGGAGUGAAAGCAUUGGCAGGGACUGUGCUGCCUUCUGUGCAAAGAAAUAUUCUGAUCAUCUGCAUCGUUUCCAUGAGGAUGGAGGAAAUGGGGACAUGUGGCAGUGAUGACAUCAUAACCAUGGCUCUUCCCAUCAGCCCUGUUGUGAUUGGCUGAUAUCCCUCUUUCUACUAACACUCCUGGACUCUCCUGUCAUGUAGCUGAAUGUGUGCUACAUGCGAGUGUGUGUGUGUGUACUGUAUAUCUGUGUAUGCUUGCGAGAGUGUGUUUGCGAGCACGAGUGUGUGUGCGUGUGCAUGUGUGCUACGUGCUGUGUGUGUUUACUGUGUACUAUAUGUGUGUGUGCACGUGUGCAUGUGUGCUACAUGCUGCGUGCUGGGUGUUUGAGUGUGAGAGAGACAGACACUAAAGUUACUUUAAUCAGACAUAGUUACUUCAAGAUGGUGAAUUAAGAAACUCUUCUCAUGAAGAGGAAGGAAACAGGGCUGGAAUAUGCUUGCUGCAGAAAAGACGUGAUUGUGUAUGUGUGUGUGCACAUUUCGAACUCAAACACAAUGCAGUGUGUAUUUUAUGUCAGUUCUGUGCGCAGUAGCUGACUUGAACUGAGCAGCAGAAAGUUGCAGAUGCAUGCACACCGUGCAAUAUUGACAGAUUCGCUAGGGGGCGAUCUUUGGAACGUCCAUGUUGAGGAUGCAGUAAAGUAAAAAAAAAAAUAUAUUAAUGAGAGCCUUGCUGGCUAUCUGUCCCCUAUGCCAAGAUGAUGCCUACAGUAUUGCGCAUAGUGCUCUGAUAGUUCUGUAGCAAGUACCUGUGUGUGCAUACAUUUUCACAUGUAAAUCAAGUAACACAGCAAGCAUAGGCCUUAAAGGAAAACACUGUUUUUUGCAAGCUGCAAAGUGCCGUAUACUACUCACCCAUGGUACUUAAAGGUACACUGUGCAGGAAAUUGUCAAAAAAAGGUACUGCAACUACGCUGCUCAUUGGAACUGUGUUGCCUAUUGCCCAAUUUGAUCUUUUCAUGAAAGUUUACUAAGUAAUAAACUAAUAUUUUCUAGUAUAGCCCAAGUACAGUAAUUUUUGCAGCUAACAAUGGCUAUUUCUGGAAUUUCAAAAUGACGGACCAUUGAGAAGAUCCCUCUUUUCAUGUAUGAAAAGUGCAAUUUUUCCAGUCCUAAUGAUGAAUACUUAGAAUUUGAUGGUGGUGGUGAGUGUUCAUGAAAAAGGUAACAUAAGUGAAUGGGCAGCAUGAAUUCUGGAAAUAAAGAACUAAAAAUCUUACACAGUGUACCUUUAAUAUGUCCACACGGAAGUGCCAUGGGUGAAUAUACUGCAGUUUACAUCAGAAUUUAGGCCUCAAUUGCAAAAAACUGUUUCCUUUAAUACUUCAGUUGAUGUGGCCUUCCCCAGACCACACAUGAAGACCUCUGACUCGGCACCUGUUUAUCUGGUGUCUUCGAUUUUAUUUGAAUUUAGAAAACUCAAACAUGCUCAUCUGGGGAUGCAUGGUUAUGUAAAAUAAAAAUCUUUGCACAGCUUGA